UCUCCAUUUAUACAGUGCCAAUGUGCCAUCACCGCAUCUUCCAGGCACGCUCACCAUUCGUGGUGGCACACACCGCACACGACGGCGCCGCCCGGAACGAAGAAACCCCAUGCGAUGGGCUCCAACUCGCGCCCCCACGCGGUGUUCCUCCCGUACCCGGCGCAGGGCCACGUCACGCCGCUGCUGCAGCUCGCCAAGGUGCUGCACGCCAGGGGCUUCUUCAUCACCUACGUCCACUCCGAGUACAACCGCCGCCGCCUGCUUCGGUCCCGGGGCGCGAGCGCCCUGGCGGGCCUCGACGACUUCCGGUUCGAGGCCAUCCCCGACGGCCUGCCGCCGUCGGGCAACGACGACGUCACGCAGGACAUCCCCGCGCUCUGCGACUCCCUGUCCCGGAGCGCCGCCGCGCCGUUCGGGGACCUCCUGGCGAGGCUGAACAGCACGCCCGGCCGGCCGCCGGUCACCUGCGUCGUGCUGGACAACUUCAUGAGCUUCGCGCAGAGGGUGGCCAACGGGAUGGGCAUCCUGGCGCUCGUGUUCUGUACCAUGAGCGCGUGUGGCUUCAUGGGCUACGUCCAGUUCAUGGAGCUCAUGGACAGAGGCUACGUGCCACUCAAAGAUGAGAGCUACCUGACCAACGGGUACCUGGACACGGUGCUCGACUGGGUGCCCGGGAUGCCGGGCAUCCGGCUGCGGGACUUCCCCAGCUUCAUCCGCACCACGGACCCGAACGACUUCAUGGUCCACUUCGACGGCGGCGAGGCCCAGAACGCGCGCCUCGCGCAGGGGAUCAUCGUCAACACGUUCGACGAGCUGGAGCAGGACGUCGUCGACGCGCUGCGCCGCAUCUUCCCGCGCGUCUACACCGUCGGCCCGCUCGUCACGUCCGUCAAGACCUUGGCCCGCCCCGACGCGGCCGCGAUCGGCGGCAACCUCUGGAAGGAGGACGCGAGCUGCCUCCGGUGGCUGGACGCCCGGCGGCCCGGCUCCGUCGUGUACGUCAACUUCGGCAGCAUCACGGUCAUGACGCCGGCCCAGCUCGCCGAGUUCGCGUGGGGUUUGGCGAGCUGCGGCCGGCCGUUCCUGUGGGUCAUCCGGCCGGACCUCGUCACCGGCGAGAAGGCGGCUGAACUGCCGGAGGAGUUCUUCGCCGUGACCAAAGAGAGAGGGCUCUUCCUGAGCUGGUGCCCGCAGGAAGAGGUCCUGUCGCACCCGUCCACCGGGCUGUUCCUGACGCACUCCGGCUGGAACUCGACGCUCGAGAGCAUAUGCGCCGGCGUGCCGAUGAUCUGCUGGUCCUUCUUCGCCGAGCAGACGACGAACUGCCGAUACGCCUGCGCCAAGUGGGACAUUGGGCUGGAGAUUGACAACAAUGCCACAAGGGAGGAGGUGGCGCGACUCAUCAAGGAUGCCAUGGACGGCGAGAAAGGCAAAGACAUGAACGCGAAAGCAACUAUGUGGAAAGAGAAGGCCGUGGCGGCAACGGAGGAAGGCGGGACCUCCAAAGUCAACAUUGACCGUUUGGUCGGGUUCCUGCUCGAAGGAAGUGUUUCUACAACUACAACUGCAAGCUGAUUAUCUAAACUGUUGUAAUUAAUACUCCACAACGUUAUUAUUGCAUUUGUAUCAUGUAAUUUGCUGCGUUUACUUGUAGAAAACAUAGCGGCAUAUGGAUAUUGUUCAUUUCAGAUUGGAAGUGCAUGUUUGCUUGUCAGUAUUUAAGGUAGGCCUGUAGUUUCACCUGUCA